CAUAUAUCAACCACAGUUUGGGGACCCAAAGUACUGUAGGUACUGCCCAUUAGAGGCUCUGCUAAAUAGUGAAUAUCAUGAUGCCCGGCAAUACAAGUGUGGAGAGAAAUACCACGGAAAAAACAUUGCUGAAGUGAUUUUACCCCAGGAGAAUGCAAGUUCAAAGUAUCCAUUGUGUGACAAAGGAGAGGUUCCUGGGUGUGGACCACCACCAGAAAUAAACAAGACAAAAAACCAUGAGUGGGUCUGUGAUCCAGGUUACAGUUUUGUUAAUUACUCAGUGUAUUUUAAGUGUGCACUUGUGUGUAAUAUAACUGAGAGGUUGGACUGGCAGUAUUACUGCAAUGAGUCGCUCCAGUGGGAAGUACAACCAGCAUCAACGUGGCAAAAAUGUGAAGCUCCUGUAAUUGAACCUAAAAUCAUUGAACCUGAAAGUAUUGUUAAGCUUGUCAUCAUGGUAGCUGUAAUUGUUGGAUCGGUUGUAAUUGCAAUACUUGCAUAUUUCUCCUGCCUAUGUUAUAAGAAAAUUAAAAGAGCCAGAUCUAGGGAAGAUAUGGCGGUGGCUGAAAUGGAAGAAAUGAAUGCAGAGAGAGUCGGGUUAAAUGAUGUAAGACUUGAUAUUAAUGAAGGGAAUGAAGAGACAGCUGAUCCUUUUACACCAGAAAGUGAUUUGGAAGGUGGCAGUCAGUCAGGUAAUAGAUCUCCUAGUAGAGCUGAAAGUUUAUCUGGUUCUACAAGAAGCUCAGACACUGAAGAUGAUGAGGGCAGUACAGAUGAUGAAAACACCAAAUUAAUAAUGCCACAUCCUUCAGUCAAACCUACUGUGAGCAUUAUACAAUUUGAGGGUGGAGAAAGAAAAAAGAGCAUACCCUGGCAAGGAGACAUAUACUCAAUAGAACGAGGAUCAGAUUUUCAAAUUAUACCAAACUCUACUGGAGGUUAUGAAGUUACAAAGUUUAGGAUAGAAAGAAAAGGGAAUAGUGCUAUUGGAUGGGAGGAAUAUAUCCACAUGUACAAUGUAAAAGAUGCCUCUGAUGUGGAUGCAGGACUUUACAUGUGGUAUAUUACACUUACCAACAAGAUUGAAUAUUGUGGAAGCUUUGAAAUAAGUAUAGCUUUGCCAGCAAUUCGACCUAAUACAAUAGGGAAGGAGGCUAGCAACAAGGAUACCAGUAGUUUGAAAACAGUAAAUCCAGUUUAUAAUCAACCCCAGCAACCAUCAAGUACUUCUCACUUGAAGUUUGACUCUAUCCUCAACAAUCAAAAUGACCAGGAUGUUAUAGAGGAUAAUGAAUUGUUGCCACAAGGAAAUUUAGUAAGAGGAGAAGUUGUAAAAGAAACAAGAGGUGAUGCUGACCCUUUUAGACAUGCAGCAGAUUUGAGCUCUGAAAUGUUCAGAGAUCAGUUACAACGUAACACAAUUGAUUCUGGUGUACAAUCUUCUAAUGGGCAUCGCAUUAGUAGUUCAAGUAAUAUAGCAUCUGAUAGGGUUGUUAGUCAACGCAACAACUCUAAUGACAAUACUAGAGAUGGUGAUUUAAGGUACAGCACCAGUGGUUAUCAGACGCAGACUAGCGCCAGUUUGGCUAGAGAACAAUUUAGAGCUAUUUUUGAUGAUGCUCCUCAAUUAAGUAUUGGAUCAUUAAAUAAAAAGUCAAGAGAACUAUCAAUGGGUCUUGAUAUACAGGCUUUGCAGAAAAGAGGAUAUCUGAAUCCUUCUGAAGAUAGAAAUGAAGAUACUGGCGCCAGGGGAGGUGAAUAUACUGGUACCAGGGCAGGUGAAUAUACUGGUACCAGGGCAGGUGAAUAUUCUUGUGCCAGGGUAGAUGAAGAUAUUGGUGCCAGGGCAGGUGAAUAUACUCAUGCCGGGGCAGAUCAAGAUGCUGGUGCCAGGGCAGGUGAAUAUACUGGUGCCAGGGCAGAUCAAGAUAAUGGUGCCAGGAUAAGACCUGAUCCAGCAGGAAGUGUUUCACCUAUGAACCACAGUGAAGGAAGUGGUUCUAUACAGGAGACUUUUAGAAAACAGUUAUAUGUACCUGAUACAGUUACUCAGCAGGAGGCUAUUGUGGACCAUCAUCAUGAUACUGCUGAUGAUGAUGAUAUUGGUGAUGAUAUUGCUCAUGAUAAUGGUGAUGAUGAUGUGGACAGUAUAUCAGAAAGGCUCAAUAGUGUUGCAUUACAAAAUGAUAUUCUUGGAGAUGGCCAUGUGUAUGGCGUUGAAGGAGAUUUAGAACAUGCAUAUCCAGAGGGAGAAAUCCAACACUUACCUUAUAGACAUGAUAGUGUUCUAGAAAACGAUCUGGAACAUCACAUUGAUGACCAUUCUGAUAGUUAACAUGGAAUUUGAAAGUAGGGAAUAAAAAACUGUGUUUUCUUGAUGAGAAUAUACUGGGUCAUCACGACUAUAUGGUGUAAUACCUUAUUAACAAACUUUUGGAAAUGUGGAUGAUAUGGUGUCAAAGAUUUCAGAAUCACGUGUUUUCAUCGCAUGUGUGAGGCACAUGAUAUCCGUGAUGAACUGCCAAGGCUGGGAUUCGAACUCAUUUACAGGCAGUAGUUGUAUCCUCCUAGACUACUGAGCCAAAGAUUCCAUUCCCUGACUCAAUUGUAAGAGGCUGUACUUGUCUGGAAUUGAUAACGUUCAUAUUAAAUAGAGGAUAUUGAAUGAGUGUAAGUUCAAUACUGAAUUUAUUGCAGGAGUUGAAUAAAAAUUUUAUUAUGCGAGCCUCUGGCAAGCAUAAUAUUAUUUUAUUCAGCGAGUGCAAUAAAUUCAGUAAUGAACUUACACAAAUUUAAUAUUCUAUUUAUCACAUACCCAAAAUAAAGACCGUUUAAAGUGAAAUAAGAGUCAUUUUUCAUUGACGCGUCUAUAGUAUAACGCUAACAUUUAGCGCGUCUUUGCACUAUGUUUGUAUAACGCUAAUGACGUGACGUCAAAAUAUAUGCACGGCCGUGCGAUACCAUAUUUAUGGAGUCGCAAAAUCGCACGGGUGUGUGAUAAAGCGUGUUAUAUAAUAUGACGUUCUGCGCUAACAUUAACGUCAUCUCCGACAUUAUAUUGUUUUUUGUUAUUUAUUUUUAAUAUAAUUAAACACCAUCAUGAGAAAUCUACCCUUAACGUCAUUUUACAAAUGACAUUAACAUUGUCAUAGACGUUAAAAAUAAAAGAGAAUUACCCUUAAAAUAUUUAAGAUAAAUAUUGAUAGUUAACAAUAAGCAAAUUUCAAAAAAAGUCUUUCUAUUUAUUUCAAGUGCUAUAGAAUAGAACUUCUCUAAGAAUUCAAUAUGUCUCUUAAAAAAAGUUAAGUGACGUCAAGGGCUGUUUAAGGUUCCCACAUUACUCGUUUUUAUGAAUAUAGGUGUGUACAAGAGACAUGAUUCUUGACGGCAGAAUUUCAAGUCAUUAAUGUUACUUGAAGCAAUAAACUUCAUGUUUUAAUGAAUUAUGUCAAUGAUACGACUGGAACAAUAUAGGGAUCAGAUCAAUAUUGGAAUCGGUGUUCUUAUUUCUUGAAGCUGAGCUCUGUUUGUUUUCCUUUAAUUCGUGGAUCUGAUGUAUAGAUUGUAUAUACUUUACUUUGAUGUAAAUGAAGUUUCAAAUUGAUCACAUAUAAUGUAUUUCAACUCUGCUGUAUUGGCUAUGGCCUUAAAUUAUUUUGUUAAGAUUUUUUGUUCAUGAUUAAUUCUAAAUACAUGUAUUUAUAAAAUGAAAAUUUCAUGUGAUUUAAUUCAUUGAUUAAUUUUAAUUUAGUGUACGUUUGCAGUUAUGUGAUCAAAUAUCAAAGAUAUAGCUUAUUAAGUAUCUUAAAAAAAUUUAAAAUAUAUACACUUAUAAACAUAAAUUUAAAAGAAUAACAUGUAAAAUGACAAACUCUUUUUAUCUGAAUUUGAUUGUAAAUUCAAAAUACAAUGUAUCAGUAGUAUUUUGGUUUGAUUUUAUCUUUUAUUAUUUGGUAAUGUUUUAAAUCAUAGUUUAAUGUUUAACCAUACAGCUUGUGAAACUUCUCAUAUUAUAUGAUAUCAAUUACAUUAAGAAUUUUAACUGAACACUUUGUUGAAUUUUUUUAUCACAUGGUCUUUAUGUUUAAUGAUAAAAAGUUUAAUUUGUCAGUAAAAAGGCCUAUUAUGCCCUACAAAUGCUUUCAUGUUUUAACUUUAUUUCUCAGAAGUUAUAUAAUUUUUGGUGUCCUGAUAUAGUUUUAAAACAGUUACUCAUUACUUGUUUUUUGGUAACUCAGUACAGUAGUGAUUUUCUAUGGAAGUCAAAAUACUACUUUGUUUUAAUUUUGCUACUUUUAUGUCAAAUUAUUUUAAAUUAAGUGCAAUUUUCUUCAUUUGACAAGCACCUAACAUGCUCAUAAACCAUUAUUUAUACAUAAUAAAACCCCUGUUUGUCUAUUAUAAAGAAAAGAAAAAUGUGUGAAAUUCUUAGGCAUAAUGUGCCUUUAAAUUAAUUAUUACUCAUAUUUUCUUAUAAAUCAUUGUACAUUUUAUUUUCAUAUACAUGUACAUGUAAGAUUUUUAACAUUCAUUAAAUGUCAUUAUAACCAUACUAAAUUUGUUACAUAAAUUAUUUCAAAAGUUUUA